UUCUGUAUCUGUGGUGGUUGGUAUUGGUAAACAUAAGAAUAUUGAAUCUUUAUAUAACCUUAAAAAUUAUUUCGAAAUUAAAUAUUCCUGUAGGACUUUUGUAAAUAAAAUUAAUUUGGUAUCAUACCUUACCUAUUACCUACAGAGAACCUUUAUUUUAUAAUUUGUAAUGGCAGCUAAGGUACCCAAAAAGGGUCUUGCUCAUUUGACAGCAGAUAAUGUAGACAAUACUGCACCAGUCAAGAAGAUCUUAGAUGAGUUGCACCAUAAAAAUCACCAGGCCUACACUUUCUACAAAGAGGUCUUGCGGCCCAGACGCACAAUUGGUACUGAAGACCACAUGCAUUACACACUACCAGGUCAUCCCAUUAACACUUUCGAUGAGGAAUGGGACGGGGAGCUCAAUCUGGACUACUUUGAACCUUUUCGAUACAAAAGUCUGCCGCCUAAAAUGAUAACAAAAUUAAAAAAUGUUGACAAAAGUGAUCCAGUCACAAGCUUGCUGUGGAAAAAAAUUCAGUGGCAACGGACAAUUACUAAUUAUAAAUGCAUUGCUACUACCUUAAAAGUACUGGAGAAUUAUGAGCAGAUCAAUGAAGAGGUGGUGCAGUGCCCCAAACACCUGAUAGACAUUGCGGCUCACCUGGACAGUGACCCCACACCACACUUCAACUCUUCCUACAACUGGUACUACGCUGGCAAUGGCAACUUGCAAACAGUCUGCAUUGACUGGGUCGACUACUUGCUUCACAGUGAAUUCAAUAAAGUUUAUAUAUCAGAAUUUAACAAAAACAUCUUGAACAUAAACCCAGAACAUGUUGCUGAAUACGAUUGCGGGGACGAAAACAAUAUAUUAGAAACUAUUAUCUCUUCAGAACACAUAACAGUUUUGAGAACAAAAUGCAAGAUAUUCAUUUUAAAACUAACAAAAAUAGAUGACAGAAUAACAUUUGAAAAACUGAAAUGUAUCAAAUCUGAGUUACCAUAUACUAGUGUAGCAUUUGAUAACUAUCACAAAAAUAUAUUGUAUAUCACAAGUUUAGAUCAUAAAUUAAGCAUAAUUAAUUUAGACAGAAUGAAGGCGAGGAGUGUUCAAUUAAAAGCUAAAUUGACAACUUUGACUGACAACUGGAAUUCAGUAGUAAGUUCUGAAAAAUUGUUUUACGUCCACGCUGCGAGGGAUUCCAUAUCAAUCUAUGACAAAUGGUCGAACAAUGUGGUUCAAGUGUGGAAAAAUCUGAGAAAAAUUACAGACGAUUACAGUUGUAAUGACAUAAGUGUAGCGAAACAUUUCGAAGGGACCAGUUCACUGUACUUUGGUACAGACCAUCAUCUUUUCUUGAUGGAUUUACGUUACGGUCCAAGAAACAAUUCAAAAGUGGUGCAACGCUGGACCCACGGUAUGGAAUGUGUACCGACCUAUCUACAGUAUUGUAAAUCUGAAUUCUGCAAGGAUUUAAUUUGUCUUAGCAGCCAAUGGUGCGAAGAUAUGUGUGUGGUGCCAAAUUACAAUGACAGACUGAUCAGAGACACCAACAAUGGUGGUGUGACCUUGCCGUACCGUCCCCCCAAUAUAAGGAACACUUUGUACGGAGCGAGGGAAAAUAUGCUCUGCCUCAAUCCUUACAACCCAAUUGACUCUAGAAUCUGUACAUCUAUAACUGGAAAUCUGAUUCUCGAUCAAGGGGAAAAAUACGACAUUCUCCUGCAGAAUGCAUUCGGAGACAUCUCGUGUCACACUCUGUUCCCUGAACAUUUGGAGACGUUCAUGGAAGACGAUAGCGGGGAAAGUUUGCACAAAUGGAGUGAAACAUACCAAACGCAUGACAAUGAUCUCGAAGUGUCUUCGAUAGAAAAUAUAGCGGGCGUUUUGAGGAAAUUGAGAAAAAUGCCCAAAGAUUACAGGAUCAAUGAUGAUUUCCAAAAUCAGAAGAGCAUAUUUAACGAGAAUGAAAUUGUAAAGGCUUUCGAGGAGGAAGAAAUAGACAUCGGACUAAAAGAAGCGUGGACAGCGGACGUGAAUGAGACUAGAGUCAAUGAGUCGUGUAAUAAUAAUAAUUUAUAUUAUUCAGAUGAUGAAUCUCAUUCCAAUGUCGAAAACACUGAGAUAUAAAUUAUAUCGAGACA